CGUCACUCCUGAAUUCUGUUAUAAUAAAGUUAAGUUAGUGAGUUGCAUUAAUUAUUAAUUUGUACAUAAACCAAGUUUAUUACCUUCUACAUAGUUUUGAAAUAAUUUGAAAUGACAACGCUCAGAGAGAAACAAAUAGGUGCUGAAUACUAAAGUAACAAGUGGAAUACGUAUAGAAGACUUGUAAUAUAAAUUGAAUAAGCUUUACUAUCAUUGUAUAAAUCAUUCAAGAUGGUCGUAAUUAUCAUCAAUAACGACACUGAAUUCCAGUCACAUUUAGUGUCCAAUGGGAAGUUGGUAGUAGUAGACUUUACAGCAUCCUGGUGUGGACCUUGCAAGCGAAUCGCUCCUAUCUACGAUCAGCUGGCUAUAAAAUAUCCUUCUGCAACGUUCCUGAAAGUGGACGUGAAUGUUUGUCAAGAUACAGCAAUGGCUCAGGGUGUUACUGCAAUGCCGACUUUCAUAUUCUACAAGAACGGUGAAAGGAUAGAUCACAUGUCAGGCGCCAACCCACAGUUACUAGAGGAGAAAAUUAAACAGCAUGCUUUGUCGUCCGAAUCAGGAACAGAAGUCCCAUCUCCUGUGAAAGGCCAGUUGGAUUUGGCACCAUUUAUGGUGAAAAGCAACGUGGAAGCUUUGAACGAGAGCGACAGCCACCCGCUGGGCAACUGUCUCAAGGAUGACGACACUUACCUUCUGUCUGACUGUGACAACCAGCUUAUCAUACCUAUCACUUUCAAUCAAGCUGUUAAAAUUCAUUCAAUCAAAAUCAAAGCUCCUGAAGCGACUGGCCCAAAAACUAUCAAGCUCUUUAUCAAUCAGCCUACUGUUCUGGACUUUGACGCAGCUUCCCAAAAUGUCCCUACUCAAUUAAUCGAAGUCAAGCCAUCUGACCUUUCCUCUGGAAAUCCUAUCGGUCUUCUGUUUGUAAAAUUUCAAAACGUCCAAAACUUGCAGAUUUUUGUUCAAGAUAAUCAAGAUGGCUCUGAUGUGACUCGUAUAGACUAUUUGCAACUUUUCGGCUCUCCGAUUAUCACUACAAACAUGAGCAACUUCAAAAGAGUCGCUGGCAAAGCAGGAGAAGUCGACCAUUAGUUUGAGUCUCCCUAUUUUGGACAUGAUUUACCUUUCUGAUAAUAAUUUCUAUUUGCAUUUUCUUAACACAAGUCACAUUAAACUGCAUUUAAACUGACCGGUGGUGUAUUUUCUUUUGAGAGCUUAAGUACUAAAGGUUUUGUUUGUUUAAAAUGUACCAAGAAGGAAAGCAGUCACUGCUUAAAAUAUGGUUGAGAAUUGUAAAUCUGGUUGAUUUAAUAAAUAUUACUGAAAUUGCAA